AUGAAGAUUGUUUUCGUCGUUCUGGCCGCUUGCUUUCAGCUGGUGCGCUCGUCUUCAAUACUUGUUGACUGGUCAUCAACUACCGUAGCCGAGUCAAUCGCGUAUGUGCUCGAUUACGCGCCAGCUGUAGGCAACCCUCCAGCAGGCAGUUCGCUUAACAGUUCGGCUCGACAAGCCCUCAUUACUGACACCAUACCGGCUUGUGAAUACACUGUCUAUUUAUCGGCUAUCAUGCCGGACGGCAAACGAAGGCAUGUGACGAAGAAGACGAUAUACAGCAGUCCGCUUCCACCAAUCCUCGAUUCAAUCGAAACUGGUGAACACGAAGCGACAGUGUCGUACUUCCCACCCAAGGAGGCGAACAUCACUUUUCAUAUUGGUGAGAGCAUAAAUUUCUUUCUUCAGCUCAAACUGGUAGCCCUUUAG